CUCGUCGUUCGCGCAGCGCUCUCGCUGGGGUUUUUAGUGCAAUAGUCCUCUUCUAAAAUUUUUUUAACAAAGAUUAAUUCUAGGCAAUGGCAUUUGGAUUUAUGAGUAAAUCAUAUGUAUUGCAUGCAUGAUGUCUUCCAAUCAUUUAAUGGGUUAUUAUGUCGACCUUUUGGAAAGCCCUGGAUGAAAGAAUCACCCGCAAGGCGAUGCCAGAUAUGGAGAAGAUCACCAUGAAGGAUGACGCAGAGCUCCGCUGUAUGCACAAAAAAUGGAUGGUGGAGUUUGAGCGUAGAUAUGCAGACGCUGAGGAGGAGGAGCGGCGUUUCGAGAUCUUCAAGAAGACAGUGGAGGAGUGUGAAAGGCACAACGCAAAGAAGAAAGGUUACACUUUCGGGCUGAACCAGUUCUCCGAUCUCUCUCCUGAGGAGCUUGAUGCCAUGUGUCGCCCAAAAUUGUUUCCCCCCUGGGUCUAUGAGAAGAUGCGGGAGGAGGAAAGGGAGAAGGAAGCCUUGCGAUAUGCCAGGGAGAGGGAAGCCUUGCGAUAUGCCGGGCCGUCCGAAGAUUUGACUUCUUUCGGCUGCGGCGGCCCUUACUAGAACACCAAGGCACAAAUAAUCCCUGCAGCGGUGUUGCUCUUACUAGCGGCUUGGUACAUUAUUAGGUACCUAGAAGACAUUUAUGCUGUAAUAGUUGCGGCGUCUACUAAUCUUAGUCGUGUGAUGAAAACUCGUUGUUGAGCAAUCUUAGUGGUGUGAUGAAAUUCUCUAUCGAGUAAUCUAGGUACUACUAACCUUUUGCUAUUCUCGUUGUUGAGUAAGUUUGGUGGCGUUCUUGUACUCUCUGUGGAGUAAUCUAAUCUAUCUAACUAUUGACGUUCGGGUUUUCUCUAAUAAACGCCUACCCAAAUUUGUGGCUUAUUAA